AUGGAGUUUGAUGAGCAAACUAAGGCGCAUCUGAAGGCCAGUCAAAACCCUAAAAUUCUUGAAUUAGAAAAACAAAAACAAGUAGAAGAUGAAAAGGGUUUGAUCAUAGUAAAACCAAAUUACAAUAUCAUAAGUGAGAUUAGCAGAGUUAAUUAUGUUGAUGAUAGUUUUGUUUUUCCACCUGGAUAUCGUUUUUGUCCACAUGAUGAAGAGCUUAUCAUUCAUUAUCUUAAGAAGAGAGUGAUGAAUGAACGUUUACCACAUGACAAAAUCAAGGAGGUUAAUCUUUAUAAAUAUAGCCCUCAAGAGCUUUCAGAGAACUAUUCAAUGCUGGGAGACAAGGAAUGGUACUUCUUCACUCCAAGGGAUAGAAAAUAUCCAAAUGGUAAUAGGCCAAAUCGAGCAGCAGGAACAGGUUAUUGGAAAGCUACUGGAGCUGACAAACCUAUAAAGCACAAUGAUAUUAAAGUUGGAUUUAGAAAGGCUUUAGUUUUUUAUGAAGGAAAACCUCCCAAAGGUGACAAAACAAAUUGGAUUAUGCAUGAAUUUCGAGUGAAUGAAUCUCGCAGGCUCAAAAGACAUGCACAAGACAUGAGGCUCGACGAUUGGGUUCUAUGCAGGAUUUAUAAAAAAGUUGACAAGUCAUUCAAGAAUGCCCGAAAGGAACAAGAGCAAGACGAUGCAAGCAUAAGUUGUUCUUCUAUUGGUAAGAUGGAGAAUUGUGACUACGAAGGAACUACAGAUUCAUAUGAAAUUGCGAGACAAAAUUUAAAAUUACCUCAUCAUUAUGAUAUCACUUUCGACGAUCCUGGUUUCAACAUGGAUUAUAACAAAUACAGUCUUGAUAAUUUUUCACAUUAUGGACCAAGACCAAACUAUGGCAUGCCUCUUCAUCCAUCAUUUUCUCCUGGAAAUAUUUUUUGGGAUCAAAGAGGAUAUCAAGAGAACUGCAACAUUUUGCCUAUGAAUUUCGACGUGAAUAACUUUUAUGAAGAUUCUUAUGAUGAAAUUCAAUCCCAGAAUAUUCUUGAUAGUCUUCUUGAUGAGAACUCAUCGAUCUAUAAAGAUUGA